CCUCAUUUGAACAUCACAUCAACAAUGGUGGAAAUACACACAAAAAAAGAAGUUUUAUGGUCGUAGAGAGGAGCCAUGAAUCCUUCAUUGGUUGUGUAUUAGGUUGGUGUGGACCAUGACACAUAACAACUUGAUUGAGCAACAUGAUGAGGAGUCAGGUUUCAAGAGGGCCAAGCCACCAGAGAGGUCAGCGUCAAUACCAAUUACCCACAUACAUUUGGGUGAGAUCCUUUUCAUCAUAUUUGAAUUGAAAUCGAUUGGAGUAUUAUUCCGGAAAAUGGUAUUAAAUUGGUUAGAUCAGAAAUCGAUUGAGCCAAUUAAAAAAUUAGUUGAAUUAUUUUUCUUUUUAAAUUUUAAUAAUUUUUUAUCGAACCAAUUUGUCUACCGGUUUAGUUCUAGAAACAUUUCUUUUGAGUCAUAACCUUGUAAAGGAACUGUUAAUGUGACAGUUGCUAUAUAUUAGAAUUGGUUUGUGAUAUAAGUAUACAUAGAGACAUUUUUUUGUAGGUUAAUUUGGACAAUGGUCUAAAAGGGGAGGGCGAGGGGUUUUUUCUUUAAAAGGAAGAUUCAUUAAAAUACAUGUAACCCUAAUGUUUUGUUAUUGCCAUUAAAAUACGUAUUCUAGCAUUAUAUUCAUAUUCUGGUUUGAAUAUGUCACGAGCAGGUUUUCAGGUUGACUGAUAUCUAAGUGCCUGCAUUUCUUUAGUUGAUUUCAAACUUGUAUCAAACUCCGUGACCCAAGUGUAAUAAAUUGACAAUCAGAGGUAGGAUGUUUGAUUUCCAUGGCAAUCAUUUACAUCUAAAUCAAGGCAAAAACUAGUAAAACUUUUUUUUUUUUUUUAUAAAAUAGUUUACAAAAUACAAAAGCAGGUAUCUUGGUGGUAAGACAAAUAUUUGGUUUUGGAUCAUCCACAAAACAACAUGCUCAGGCAUAGUUGUCUAUAAUAUUUAUUUAGUCAAGAAAAUGAUAAACUAUUAGUCCUACAAAAGUUGUUGCCCCUUUGAAUGUAAUCUUCAGCAAGCUGUUGGAAACAUAAACCCGGAAUUUCGCCUCUAUAUCUUACUAAAAUCUAGUUUCCAAGCUUUGAAGUAUAAUUUGGAAGGUGUUGACCCAGAUUUUGGUAUAUAUACAUUCAUGUCAGUAUGGGGUUUCUCCUUCAAUUCAGGAGUUUGUUUUCCAAGCCAGACAGACAAGGGUUUUGCAGGAUGGAAAUGACACCUCAAACGCCAAAUGAUCCUUUCUACAUGAGUGCUCCAGCUAGCCCCAAUAGAAUCAGCCUGGAAGUGGAAGGUUUGUGUUUCUUCAGUGUCCCAACAAGUCCCACCAGGAGGGCUCUCAAGGUUGCAUAUGAAACCAGUCCCAAUGUUGAUGAGUUCGAGUUUGAAACCAGUCGUCAUUUCAAUGUUGAUGAAUAUGAGCCUGAGUCCCAACCGGAGGAACCAAAUCAAAACCAUGGUGGUGUUAAGGAACCACUUCCUACCAUGGCGUUUGCUGAUGAACUGUUUGCAGAUGGGAAAGUGAUGCCAUUGAAGCCUCCUCCUAGACAUCAAUAUUCUAAUAGCUCUACUUGGUCAUCCCCUAGGUCGCCACCUACUGGUGUCCUAAGACUUCCAUUUCAACGUAGGAGCUUGUGGAACGAUGAUUUUGAUCCUUUCAUGGUAGCUUUGAAGAAUGUGAAGGAAGAAAACCAAGGGAGAACCCAUAGACGGUCUCGUUCCAUGUCACCAUUUAGGGAGAGGGGUACAACACCAAAAGAAACCAAUGAGUAUUCAGGGACAAGCCAGCAUCGAAUCAAUCAAAUGGGUCUCAUAUUACCAAGGAAACAAUCGGUUCCAGACCAGAACCGGCAAAUGGGUCGUCAACAACAGGUGAAGAAAAGGGAACUAAAGCUGGCAGAGCCCAAAGGAGUUCUUUUUGCAAGGCGAGCAAGGCUUGUGAAAGUUGGGAAUGGAAAACCCACAAAACCAAGUGAGGUGGAUUCAAGUUCAACAAUGGAGGGAGGAGACACUCAUGCUAAGCAAACCAAGGGUCAGAAAAUCAAGAACUUCCUGUUUAGGAGUGGAUCAAUGAGAAAUGAAAACAAGCCUAAAUGUUGUGCAAAUGGAACACAGUCGAGGCCUAAACUUAAAAGGAAAUUUAGCUUGAAGGCCGUGGGAAUUACCCAAUACAAAGAGGAAAAGAGGGUACCUGAAGUCACCCUAACCACACUCAUACAAUAUAGACCCAAGUUGUUGCUUUGUAUGGGUUAUGGGGCUAAGUAUGCCAAGUAAAAGGUUCUUCUCUUAUGUUGCAUGGAUUUAAAGAUUUGGAUUUGCUUUUUAUUUGAUAUAUAAAUGGUGAAAAUUAUAUGAACACUUUAUGUAUAAAUUAAUUAAAAUUUUAGAGUAAUUAUUUAAAACAUAA